GGCAUGGCGGCCCGCCUUGCAGGGCUCUACGGGCCCUCUAAGAGCCUAAGCCGGAGCUUCCGCGCUGCCAGGGCGUUGCUCCCGGCCCCGACCUCUGUUGCCUGCUGGCUUCCCACGGAGGUAGGCCGGCAGCGGAGCACGGGGCCUUCCGAGCCCCCCAAGUUCCAGCCGCCGCCGAAGCCCGUCAUCGUGGACAAGCGCCGACUCCCGGACCAGGACAGGAGGUUCUUGAGUCCUGAAUUCAUUCCUCCAAGGGGAAGAACAAAUCCUCUGAAAUUCCAGCUAGAAAGAAAAGAUAUGCUAGAAAGGAGAAAAGUACUCCACAUUCCAGAGUUCUAUGUUGGAAGCAUACUUCGUGUCACCACUGCUGAUCCAUAUGCCAAGGGAAAAACCAGCCAGUUCCUGGGGAUUUGUAUCCAGAGAUCAGGAAAAGGAUUUGGAGCAACUUUCAUCCUUAGGAAUACUAUUGAAGGACAAGGUGUUGAGAUUUGCUUUGAACUUUAUAAUCCCCGAAUCCAGGAGAUCCAAGUGGUGAGAUUAGAGAAGCGGCUGGAUGAGAGCUUGCUGUACUUACGAGAUGCCCUCCCUGAAUACAGCACUUUUGAUAUGAAUAUGAAGCCAGUAACACGAGAGCCUAGUAAAGAAGUUCCUGUUAAUAAGCUGCAAGUGAAAAUGAAGCCUAAGCCCUGGUCCAAACGCUGGGAACGUCCAUAUUUUAAUAUUAAAGGAAUCAGAUUUGAUCUUUGUUUAACAGAAGAACAAAUGCAAGAAGCUCAGAAGUGGAGUCAGCCAUGGCUCGAGUUUGACAUGAUGAGGGAAUAUGAUACUUCCAAAAUUGAGGCUGCAAUAUGGGAUGAAAUCGAAGCAUCAAGGAAGUCCGGAGCCGAGGGGGAAUCCGGUUCCUCGCAGAGCAGGUGCUGACUCUCAGG